CGUCACCUGGGCCUCCAGCUGCAGCACGCGGGGAUUUAAAACAAUGGCCAAGAACAAAUUAAGAGGACAGAAGUCCAAAAAUGUAUUUCACAUAGCCAGCCAAAAAAAUUUUAAGGCUAAAAACAAAGCAAAACCAGUUACUACUAAUCUUAAGAAGAUAAACAUUAUGAACGAAGACAAAGUUAACAGAGUGAACAAAGCUUUUAUAAAUAUACAAAAGGAACUUGCAAACUUCUCAAGGGGCCUUUCUCUGGAACCGUUACAGAAAGAGCUGAUUCCUCAGCAGAGUCAUGAAAAUGAACCUGUUAAUGUUGAUGAAGCUACAAGAUUAAUGGCUCAGUUGUAAUGC